AAGUUUUUUUUUUUUUUUACCUUUGUCUUUUAUUGUUAAUAUACAAAUGAAAUAGCAGACCUCAAACAGUUAAAAUACUAAAUGAAGGUCGCGUUAGUGUUGAGGCAUCCGGGUUCCCACACGUGACGUCACCGGUGGAAGGGCGUGGCUUGGCCAAUGUUCUUGGCGAGAGUGCCAAUGGGCGGCGACACACCUGGAGUGGAGGAGCCCGAGAAGGAGAAGGAGCACGAGAAGGAGAAGGAGAAGGAGAAGGAGCAGGAGAAGGAGAAGGAGCAGGAGCGCUAAAAGUCAACACCGCCAGGCGGGGCUCACACUCGCCUCCUCGCCUACUUCCAGUGAGAAGGAGCGGUAGAAGUCAACACCGCCAGGCGGGGCUCACACUCGCCUCCUCGCCUACUUCCAGUGAGAAGGAGCGGUAGAAGUCGACACCGCCAGGCGGGGCUCACAUUCGCCUCCUCGCCUACUUCCAGUGAACAGGAGCGGUAGAAGUCAACACCGCCAGGCGGGGCUCACACUCGCCUCCUCGCCUACUUCCAGUGAACAGGAGCGGUAGAAGUGGACACCGCCAGGCGGGGCUCACCCUCGCCUCCUCGCCUACUUCCAGUGACAAAGUGUCGCUAAGACUUGGGAAGUUGAUGUACACGACGGAGCGGCGGCGAAUGAGCGUCCACGAGUCGAGGAGGCGGGAGUCCGCGCUGCCGUCGUUGGCUGGAAGUCUGUGGCAGGACCCGGUGGCCAUGGAGCUCAGCUCCCGCCACUCCGCCAAGCAACACGCGGUGUCUCCGAGGAGUCGCUGCCGGGCAGUGACGGUGGUUUAUAUCGCGGACGAGGCGGCGGCUUCCACUUGUUCCCCGCAGGAAGGCAACUUGACUCUGGCGUGCCUGAAGGAGGCGUGCACGGACACCCGCGCCACCUUUCAAACUAUCCCGUUUGACAGAAUCUCCAUGGGGACCACCGACGUCUUGGACACUUUCUACAACGCCGAUGUCGGGGUGCUUGAGAUGAGCGACACUUUCUGCCAGCAUUCUCUCUUCUACCACCUGGGAGCGAGGGAGAGUUUCAGCAUGACCAACAACAUCAUCCUGUACCGCUACAAAGAGGACACGGACAUGCAGGCUGUCAAGGAGCAGUGUGGAAGUUACACCUUCCUCCCGUACGUGGUGACGCCCCAGGGCAAGGUGUUUGCCUGCGAUGGCGCCAUGAUGACCGGCAUCAAAGAGCUGAUGCAGCCUGCUUUCCAGCUGGACUCUCUGCUCACGCCGCUGGUAGACAGACUGGUGCACAUGCUCAACAACGUGCACGUGCAGUCCAGCGAGUACUUCCGGGAGUCCAUACGGCACGAGAUCCGCAUAUCCAGGGAGAGGUUUAGCGGUCAGGCCCUGAGCGAGGAGCUGGGCCGCAUCCAGAAGCGUUUGGACAGCGUGGAGCUGCUGACACCCGACAUUGUCUUGAACCUGCUGCUGUCCUACAGGGACAUCCAGAACUACGAUGCAAUGAUCCAACUGGUGGAGAUGCUGAACAACUUGCCCAUGUGUCAGGUGGCCAGACAUCAGAAUAUCAAGUUCCACUACAUAUUUGCUCUAAACAGGAGGAAUAAGCCGGGGGAUCGCGCCAAAGCUUUGGAGGAGAUCCUGCCCAUCGUGGAAUCGGGUGGCGUGGUGGUCUCGGACGUCUACUGCCUGUGCGGGCGCAUCUACAAAGACAUGUUCAUCAGCUCGGCCUUCAUUGACCAGCACAGCAGAGAUCAGGCCUGCUACUGGUAUGGAAAAGCCUUUGAGACGGAGCACACGAUUCACUCGGGCAUCAACAACGUUGUCCUUCUGAUGGCGGCGGGACACGAGUUUGACACCUCCAUUGAGCUGCGUAAAAUAGGUGUGACCAUAAGCACUCUGCUGGGCCGUAAGGGAAGCCUGGAGAAGAUGAAGGACUACUGGGACGUGGGCUUCUACCUCGGCGCCAACAUCCUGGCUAACGUGCACAGGAAAGUCAUUGUGGCUUCAGAGAAACUCUACAAGCUCAAGGCUCCGAUAUGGUACGUGGCGUCCGUGAUGGAGACGUACAUUCUGUACCGGCAGUUUGCCAAGCCGCCCGAGGUGAAGUCUCCCGAACAGGACACGGUGGACUUCUGGAUGGAGCUUCUGUUGCAGUACUGUAAACCCAACGUCUGCACCCACCGCUGCCCGGUGCUCAUUCUGGAGCCCAGCAAAGUCCUCCAGCCUGCUACAGUGUCUGUGAGUGGGGGGGAUGGAAGUGGCACCGUCCAGUUGAAACACGUCACUCCAUUAAAGAAAGGCUUACACCAGUGGACUUUCCCAGCCGCUGCAAUCCGGGGAGUGAGUGUGUCCAAAAUCGAUGAGCGGAGCUGCUUCCUGUACGUGCACUACAACUCUGAUGACUUCCAGCUUUGCUUCCCCUCUGAGCUCCACUGCAAAGGUUUCUGUGAAGAGGUCAACUCUCUGCUCCAUCAGGCCGAGGAUGUCUCUCAGGACAGCAGCCACGUCACUGACGGAAUACUGGAGUACGUGUACGAGACUAACGAGAAUGGCGACAAGGUGGUUCUCGGCAAAGGGACGUACGGCGUGGUGUACGCCGGGAGGGACCUGAGCAACCAAGUGCGCAUUGCCAUCAAAGAGAUCCCAGAGAAGGACAGCACUUACUCCCAGCCUCUCCACGAGGAGAUCCAGCUCCACAAGAGGCUGAUGCACAGGAACAUUGUCCAGUACCUGGGCUCCGUCAGUCAGGACGGUUUCAUCAGGAUCUUCAUGGAGGAAGUACCAGGAGGAAGUUUGUCUUCUCUGCUGCGCUCCAAGUGGGGUCCUCUGAAGGACAACGAGACCACCAUCAUCUUCUACACCAAGCAGAUCCUGGAGGGGCUCAGAUACCUCCACGACAACCAGAUAGUCCACAGAGACAUCAAGGGGGACAACGUGCUGAUCAACACUUAUAGCGGAGUUUUGAAGAUCUCCGACUUUGGAACCUCUAAGAGGUUAGCGGGGAUCAACCCCUGCACGGAGACGUUUGCUGGAACUCUUCAGUACAUGGCGCCAGAGAUUAUAGACCAGGGGCCUCGGGGGUACGGCAAGCCGGCGGACAUAUGGUCCCUGGGGUGCACCAUCAUUGAAAUGGCAACAGGCAAAACCCCCUUCCAUGAGCUGGGAAGUCCUCAGGCAGCCAUGUUCAAGGUCGGGAUGUUUAAGAUCCACCCCAAGGUUCCGGAGAGCAUGUCAGACGAGGCCAAGAGCUUCAUCAUGAACUGUUUCGAGCCCGAUCCAGACGACCGGGCCACAGCCACGGAUCUGCUCAAGGACACUUUCCUCAGGUCGUCCCCCAGGAAGAAGACCAGAGUCCAGCAGCAUUUUGAUCCCCAAGACGUCUCUGCUGUUGACUACAAUCGUAGCCUCUCAGUGCCAAUCUCCAUCCUUGUGGAGGACACAGACUCCUACCCGGACUCCAUCGACUUGUCCUGCUCCCUGGACCUCAGGAAUACUCUGUCCACCUUUACAGCCAACCUCUCUGAGAGCCCUUCCAUCAACGGACAGUUCCUGCCCGUGCCAGAAGAGUUUCCUCUGGACAUGAGCAGCCCCGCGUCCACCGGGGAGAACAUGGGUCUGUUCAUGCUGAGGAAAGACAGCGAGAGGAGGGCCACGCUGCACCGGGUGCUCAACGACGACAUCGCCCUGGUGGUGGCCAACAUACAGGAAGCUGUGCCUCAGUAUGGCGAGGGGUCAUCUCUGACUGAAGACCACAUCAGCAAGCUCAUCUGCUGCUUGCGAGACAACAUCUGCUCUCCAGACAGGAAGCAGCUGACCAGCAACCUGCUCAGCCUCCAAGCCGCGCUGCUCUCUACUGCAGUGCCUCCAAACGGCCUGCAGGCGGUGCUGUUCAGCUUCCAGGAUGCAGUGAAGAAAGUGUUGAGGCAGCAGCGGGUGAAACCUCACUGGAUGUUUGCCUUGGACAAUCUGCUGAGACAGGCGGUGCAGGACGCCAUCACUGUGCUUCUCCCAGAACUGAAGCUCCAGCUGCAGUCGUCGUUCGAGGCGGAGGAGAACACGCCUGAGGAGCAGCAGCCCCUCCUCCCAGGCAGCCACCCCGCACAGUCUCACCAGUCGGCACCUGUGGACGAGACCAGGUCACAGCCCACGAAAGCCACCCUGGACAGCUACUGUCCACUCAGUGACCAACUGAAAGACCUCCGGAUAGAGACUAAAAGACUGCUGAGGUUGCUGAGUGACAAGGAGAGAGAGUACCAGGACCUCCUGCUGACUUCAGUCCAGCACAAACAACAACACAUCCAUGCUCUCAGGACUAAUUCUACAGCAGAAGUUGUGUCGACUGUCCAGAGGAGGAGUGGCCAGGACGUGGAUGACAUGGUGCGCUGGCUGGAGGCGGUGCCUGUGGAUCACAACACUGUUGACAAGUUGGUGUCUCAUGAGUUCAGCUUGGACUGCCUGCUCCACUUGGCCUGCAGGGAUGACCUCAUGUACUGUGGGAUAAGAGGCGGCAUGUUGUGUCGCAUCUGGGCGGCCAUCAGCGCUCACAGGAAGUCUGAGUGCAGUACUCACCACCAGGACAGUGGUGGCGCUCUACUUUGACACUGUAGUGGACAGGCUGGUCCUGCAAGUUUUUGUAAUUGAACACAUUUUAUGUGUAAGAACUGUAAGAUGUUGCACUCUCAGGGUUAUUUUGUUAUGCUUGCAACAAAAAAACUUGGAUUGAAAAGUGUCACUUUUGUUUAGAUGAGAGUAAGUAAGUUAUUACUACUGUACAUGUUUGGUAGAUUGCCUUCAGAUGUAGCAAACACUAAUAUUUUUAUGCUCAUUUGUUUUGAGUUUGCUGCAGUAAA